UGCAACGGUUUGCAACACAUAUAGACAAAGAUGGAUGUCGCGUGUGAUGCUUGCUUAUAUGAUAGAUACAGUUGGCCAUCAGGCAUCUUUGACGUCAGAACUAGUGGUGCCAAUCACGGGGCUUCCAGAGUAGGCAAUUCUCUACAGAUGCGGAAAGGGGGCUCAGUCGCCAACCAAACUGUUGCGAUCACGUUUCUUACAGAUCGCUGACUUCCUGCAUGCAUAAUUCAGAGCAACCACUGAGUCUGGCCCUGGACAGUAGGCGAGUCUUAAAUCUACCUAAAUUCAGGGACAGUGGAUACUCCAGAAGAUAUCAAGAAGCCGAAGUCUCAAGAGCCAAUGAAACUAAUUGUAAAAGACACUUACUACUCAUCCGAGAAGACGAGAUGGGGACUGACGAUAACAUCACCGAGCCGCGGACGGUAGCUGCCAGACCUCGACCCACGGUUUCGCCGCUCCGAGCUCUCCCCGCCUGCCCCGCGCCUGUUUAACCGGCAACGAACCUCGUCUUUCCACAGCGUCUGCUGCAAAACAA